AUGUUCGCUUCGAAGCUGGAGCAAAACAACCUGAAAGCGACCAUUGCCGCAUCCUAUAACAAGCUUUACUCUCAAUUUAGUUCCGAUGAACUUUCGGAGGUGGGGAACUACAAGAUUUUGAAGAUGAUCGGCGAGGGAAGUUUUGGCAAAGUGUAUCUUGCUAGACACCGGCCGACCCACCAGAAAGUUGUGCUUAAGACUGGAUCAAAGCGCGAUCCAAACGUCGUGCGAGAAGUAUUUUACCAUCGACAGUUUGACUACAAUCACAUCACGAAACUGUACGAAGUGAUUGUCACUGAAAACAACGUCUGGAUGGCGCUUGAAUAUUGCUCUGGCCGAGAGUUGUACGAAUAUUUGCUGAUGAGGAAGCAGCUUCCUGCCGAUGAAUGCUCGCGGCUCUUUUCACAGAUUGUAGGGGCCGUUUUUUACGCGCAUGCGCUUAAAUGCGUUCACCGAGACCUCAAGCUCGAAAACAUCCUACUAGACAAACGGGGGCAAGCUAAGCUUACCGACUUUGGUUUCACCCGAGAAUGUGCCACUAAGUCGAUGCUGGAAACGAUUUGUGGGACUACUGUGUACAUGGCCCCCGAACUGAUAGAGAAAAAAACGUACGAUGGCUUCAAGAUAGACACAUGGUCUUUGGGAGUCAUACUUUAUACGCUUCUUUUUGGGUGUAUGCCCUUUGAUGAGGAAGAUGAAACAAGAACCAAGUUGAAAAUAGUCAACGAGGACCCUGGCUACGAAAACGGGGUCACGACGGCAGCUGCCAAAGACCUGAUUUCAAAGCUACUUCAAAAGGAUCCUCUCUUGCGUCCUUCACUGGAAGAAGUCUUGAACCAUCAAUUUCUUCAACCAUAUGGGCUUUAUGUGCUUGGGAAAACUGAAAAGAUUUUGAAGCAGCAGAAGCGCGGAGGCAGAAAUUUUAGAGGCAAAAUAGAGAGAAGAUUGCUAAAAAAACUUAAGCAAAGUGGAUUCGACACCCAGGGGAUCAAACAAUCGGUUAAUAAGCGCAAGUGCGACUGUCUUUCUGGUCUGUGGUAUUUGUCGCUCGAGAAAGAAAAGAGAAGUGAGUUCACAAAAUUACCCAGAAGAAGCCGAUCUGUGCUUUCCGUAAAACGCGUCUUUGAUGUGGGUCCUCCUCUCAAGUCUGCUGCGGAAAGUAUUAAAGACUUCAAUAGUUCCGCUGGCCAACAAACGUCAUUGUUACGGGUAGUAAGUCGAAGAAGCGAAGAUAAUGCAGGUCGAAAACCUCAUUCACCCCAUUCGGAAGGGCAAACUAGCCCCUUGAGAGCGCUUCAAUCGAAUGGCUCCUCGAGUCCCUCUAGUGGACGUCAUAAAAAGAACAAUAUAUUUAUGAAGAUGACCAGCUUCUUCAAAAACAAGAAACAGCAUAGUGCUCACGGUACUGGAAGCAACUCUGCAAACUCGUCCAUCAUUAAAAAAACCGAAAAGCGGGAGUUUAACCCAUCGAUGGAUCUCAAAGAGCCAAACGGCACCGGAGCUCUUCAUAAGUCCAAGCUUAGCUUCGGUUCUGAGAAAAGCGAGAGCGUUCCAUCCGAGGCCUUUAAAGUUCAUCCCGACGCUACAGAAAGUCGACAUGUGUUGGAGAAACUCAAAUCCAAUACAUCCAGUGAAGUUUCACGGCAGACGUCAGGAGGCAACUACGAUAGUGAGUUUGACUAUAGAAAUGGAAAGCACGGAAUACCAGACGAUGGCGACAAUCAAAAAUAUGAUCCACCGCCUCGUGGUAGACCGUUAUCGAUAGUUUCACACCAGUCUGAGUUUUCAAACGACACUUAUAAUUCAGAAUACUCAACUGAUGGAAAUCCUCCUUCGUCUUCGAAGGGCAAUAGCACUAUAAGUUCGGGCACAAAUCGCAAUAUCAAUGCCGUCAUUAUGUCGGCCAAAAGCGAUUCGUCCGAAAUUAACUCCUCAUUCAAUAAAGCCGUUGCCAGGCGAUCGGUGAGCAUCAUGUCGAGUGCGUCGAGCGCUUCAGAAAAGAGUUCCAGGGCAGAUUCCUUUCAAGAGAUUUCAACUGCACCAUCUCCCAAAGGAAUGGAUAUAAGAGCCAUGAAUGGUUUCACGUCCGGUACUGACACAGUGGCCCCCCGCAUAAAACUAGGGUCUCAUUGGCUUUCAAAAAGGGGUCCGUCGUCGUUACGAAGGGGACGACUUCCUAAACGAACUCUUAACCGAAAAUUCAUGAGCAGACAUUCGUCCGGGCGUCAAUCUGUCAUCCAGGAGGAGAGUUCCUUGACGGACGAAGACGAGACGCAGGAUCUUUUGAUCGGUCAAGGACCUUACGUAAGUUCUGAAGAGCAUGAAGGCAGCCCCAAGUUUGAGAGCCAGACUCCCUCAAAGGCGGGCACUCCUUUCAGCUCUGUUCCCACACGUGAAGAUAUAAGACCCGAGGUCGCUUCCGUGCGUCAAUCGUUCAGCGAGGGAAGUGGGUGGUCGCAUGACCUAUCUGAAGACAACGUGGAUUCAACUAACUUUGACUCUGGUACGCAUGCCGAAGAAUACUCAGUGUCAGAGAUUGCCGAUCAUGAGGAUAACAAAGAGGGGGAAUAG